UCUCUCCGUCUGUCUUUCGUUUGUUUUCUUUCACAUUCUUCGUUCUUCUUCGUCUUCAGCUAAGUUUAGCUUCUGCUGCUCCAUCUUCCCCAAGCGAUAUAACUAGGUGUUCAGCGUUUACAGAUGGAUCGAAGGCAGCAGCACGAUUAUGCUGCAUCUUCUGGGCUGCCUUAUGCUCAGCAACAAGUCCCCAACUUUCAACAACAACAACAACAGCAGCAAUUUGGAUUCCAUCCUCAACAUCAUCAACAGUAUCCACCACCACCACCAAUGAAUGCUUCUGGUUUCAUGCCUCCUCCUCCUCAUCCUUCUAUGCAGCAGCAGCAGCAGUUCCCUUACCAGCAGCAUCCUAUGCAGCAGCACCCACAGAUGUUUAAUCAACAGCAGCAACCUCAACCUUUCCCUCCACAUCAUCAUCACCUUCCUCCCCCAUUCCCUGGACCUUAUGACUCAGCUCCUCCUCCUCCUCCUCCUCCACCUCCAGCUGACCCUGAGCUUCAGAAGCGUAUAGAUAAGCUUGUUGAGUAUUCCGUUAAGAACGGUCCUGAGUUCGAGGCUAUGAUGCGUGAUAGACAGAAGGAUAACCCUGAUUAUGCGUUUCUCUUUGGUGGUGAAGGGCAUGGUUAUUACCGCUAUAAGCAGUUUAUCUCUAUGCAUCAUCAUCCCCCUGGUGGACCUUUCGAUCCUCCUCAGUUUCCCUCAGCUUCUAUGCCUAUGAUACAUCACCCGCCGAAUCCCAUGAUGAGUCCUGGUGCUUUGGGAGUUCCGCCGGUUCGCCAACCUUCUUUCCCACCGUUCCAUGACCACCAGCAGAUGCAACAGCAGCAUCAUCAUCUUCCGCAGCAACCUCAUCCGUUUGCGCCACCGCCGCCACAUGCUCGUCCUGAUUUUGAUCAGUCAACUCAUGCGUUCAGAGGUCUUUCUGGUCCACUCCCUGCUGAUGUUGCGGUGGAGCUGAAUAGUGUCUUGGCUAAUCUGAAUGGCACUAAAGACUCUAUCAAAAGUGCUAAGAUUUGGUUCAUGCAAAGAUCUCCCUUUGCUCCAGCUUUGGCUGAAGCGCUUAGAGACAGGGUCUUUGCAACGGAUGAUUCUGAGAAGCAGAUGCACAUUGUUUAUCUUGCUAAUGACAUUCUCUUUGACAGUUUGCAGAGGAGGACAAACUUGCACGAGUUUGACAACGAAGCCCUUGCUUUCAGACCUGUUUUGGGGUCCAUGCUGGGAAAGAUUUACCACUGUCCACAUAACAAGGAAGCGAACCAGUCACGUCUGGAGAACCUGUUGCAGUUCUGGGCUUCUAAGGAGGUUUUUGAUCAAGAUACCAUCUCCUCCCUUGAGAAAGAGAUGAAAAGUGGACCACCUCCAAAUACCUUUUCUCGUUCACCCAUUAUAGCAGCAAACUCAUUGCAGCAUCCAGGAAUGCUGCAACAGCCACAAAGCAGUAAUGUUCCUAGCACAAUGAACUUAAAUUCGAUUCCUCCUGGUGCCUUUCCCGGUUCCGUACCGCUUAACCCCUCUGUUCCACCUCCAACACAGCCACCUGCUGGUGAGAAGCCGGCUCCUUAUCCUCUUUUUCCUCCUGGUCUGAUCCCUGGGAUGGUCAGAAAGAUGCAGGUUGGAAGUGGUGUGCCUUACUCUCCACUGAGCCCUCUUGAUAUCCCGACCGUCAUACCCCCGUCUGUUACACCUCAAUCUCAAGUACUCGAGAGAGUAUCAAAGUUCUUCAAAGAGAUAGGUGAGGUGAACCCGAGUGAAGGUCCCAUGGGAUCUGAAUCCCAAGACGACUAUGACGAUUACGAGCGGGACAGUCCAGUGCGCAAAGGAGGUGCAUGCAUUCCUCCACCUCCUAAUCUACAGGUGGACCCUGAGACAGGAACGUAUGCGGAUGGAAGCACCGAUAAAAAGAGCACGUCCGGGAGAUUGGGACUUGGAGCAACAGCUGAUCCAAACGAACCAACUCAGUAUGAUGAUGUUUAUACAUCUUACAGGAAACACAGAAGUACGAAUUAUCACACAACCAUGAGUGCAAGAUCUACAGCCAGAUGAGAUUCAGUUCAACUUCUCAUCUUCUAAUGGGCUACUCUACUUCAGUUUGUUUAGAGCAACGCAAUUAAGCCUUGUUGUCUUGUUACUGUGACAAAAAUAUGAUCUUCUCAGCUUUGGAAAAAAGACUUAUCAACACAGCCAUUUAUCUUGCGUUAA